AAGUCGCGUGCUGUAUCUCGAAUAUUCGUGUGCACUGUGUAUUCUUUAGCUUAAAGUUGAUUUUGAAUCAAAGAAAAAAUGUCUUCAAUUAGUUUAUUGAAUCCAAAAGCAGAGACUGCUCGUGCAGCUCAAGCCUUGGCCAUUAAUAUUUCGGCAUCAAAAGGUUUACAAGAUGUGAUGAGGACCAAUUUGGGACCAAAAGGAACAAUGAAAAUGUUGGUUUCGGGAGCCGGUGACAUUAAAAUCACAAAAGAUGGUAAUGUUUUGCUUCAUGAAAUGCAAAUUCAACAUCCAACUGCCUCACUCAUUGCGCGUGCAUCGACUGCACAAGACGAUAUGACCGGCGAUGGUACGACCUCAACCGUAUUGUUGAUUGGUGAAUUGUUGAAACAAGCCGAUAUUUUAUUGACCGAAGGCGUACAUCCACGUAUCCUUACCGAAGGUUUUGAUUUGGGCCGAAAUAAGGCAUUGGAAAUUUUGGACACAAUGAAAAUUCCAAUUGAAGCAACCAAAGAGAAUUUGAUCGAUAUUGCUCGAACAUCGUUGCGUACAAAAGUUCAUUCCGGAUUGACCGAUGUUUUGGCUGAUGUGUGUGUCGAUGCAUUAUUGUCCAUCUAUCAAAAGGGAAAACCAAUUGAUUUGCAUAUGGUUGAAAUUAUGGAAAUGCAACAUAAAUUCUCGACCGAAACUCAAUUGGUUCGCGGUAUUGUUAUGGAUCAUGGUUCACGUCAUCCGGAUAUGCCAAAAUCACUUGAAAAUGCCUAUAUUUUGACGUGUAAUGUAUCGUUGGAAUAUGAAAAAUCCGAAGUAACAUCUGGACUAUUCUAUAAAACAGCUGAAGAGCGGGAAAAAUUCUUGACCGCCGAACGUGAUUUCAUCGAUCAACGUGUAAAGAAAAUCAUUGAAUUGAAGAAAAAAGUGUGCGACGGUACAAACAAAUCGUUUGUUGUGAUCAAUCAAAAAGGUAUUGACCCAUUCUCAUUGGAUAUGCUGGCCAAGGAAGGUAUUAUGGCAUUGCGUCGCGCAAAGCGUCGUAACAUGGAACGUUUGACCUUGGCCUGUGGUGGUAUUGCUUUGAACUCAUUCGAUGAAAUGGAUGAGUCACAUCUUGGCUUUGCCGGCACUGUGUAUGAACAUGUUUUGGGUGAAAAUAAAUAUACUUUUGUUGAGAACGUAAAGAAUCCACAGUCGGUGACCAUUUUGAUAAAGGGCCAAAAUCGCCACACAAUCAUGCAAGUUAAAGACGCCAUUCGUGAUGGUUUGCGUGCUAUUAACAAUGCCAUCGAAGAUGGUUGUUUGAUUCCAGGCGCUGGAGCAUUUGAAGUUCGUGCUUAUAACCAAUUGAUGGUGUACAAAGACACUGUCAAAGGAAAGGCACGUCUUGGUGUUCAAGCAUAUGCUGCAUCAUUAUUGGUGAUUCCAAAUACAUUGACCGUCAAUUCGGGCUAUGAUGUACAGGAUACAAUCGUUAAGCUACAAGAAGAGGAUCGUUUGAGUCCAGAUCCAAUUGGUUUGGACAUUACAACCGGUGAAGCGGCCAAACCCACCGAUUUGGGUGUAUACGAUAAUUAUAUUGUUAAAAAACAAAUCCUCAACUCCUGCUCUGUCAUUGCCAGUAACCUGCUGUUAGUUGACGAAAUCAUGAGAGCCGGAAUGACAAGUCUUAAAGGAUAAACAUAAACAAAUCUGUCUUACAAAUUGCAUUUUAUGUCACUACAAAACAAUGUCGGUAUUCAACGCCAUCGCAACAUGCUUUGGACAAUUAACACAUUUAAUUUCACAAUGAUCAAAAAAAAAAAAUCGAAAACUAUUUUGUCACGCAAACAUUUGCUACUUAACAUAACACAAUAAUUAUCUUCAGGAGAUUAAAUAAAACACAAUGGCUUUAAAAUA